UGUGUGUGUCCGUGGAUAUGUGUUUUCGUGGGGAGGGGAGAUUUCCCCUAAGCGCGUUACGAGCGUUGGAAUUGACCAAGCACAGAGCGCGUGUCGUUCGAUGUCACACCAACCGAAACAGCAGACUCGCGCAGACGGCCACUUUGAUCUGUGAUUGGAGGAAAAACACACCGUUCCGACCAGCUUCGAGGCGUGGCUUGCCCAAGUGAUCUCUAGCUAUUUAGGGUCAAGUUGAACAUUUUUUUCCAUCUCAACAAGCGGGGUUGUAAAGUUUGCAUUAUUACGACGCAGAGAUCUGGAAAAAUCACGCGACGAAAAACAAAACAGAAUUGGUUGGAUUGGCUAUUGUUAUCCUCGCUGCAAACGCCGAAUCCCGAGCUUGCGGAGCUCGGGGUUUUCACGAAGAACGGGGGCAACUAGCUAGCGACGGAGUCGUUUACCCAGACAAAAUCAGCUAACGUUAGCUAAUCCCUUUGCUAGCUAACGAAUCUCAACGUGGGAGUGCUAGUAGCACUAGUCUGAAGCGGAGCAAACACCUCCAUCUGCGGAUCAGGCUCAGGCUGAUAGCAGCCAGCACAGAUCUUGGCAAGUUACACAACGUGGAAAACUUCGUACUAGCUGGUGCACACCUUUGAGUUGCGGGCAAGUCUGCUGUUCCUUCACCACCAGGUAUAACGACGGGCAUGAAACAGUACGAGUGAUGGAGAUGGCUGUGAGUACCUCUUCACAGGCUCAGGAUGAGUUUGACAGGAACGUGCCUCGCAUCUGCGGGGUGUGUGGCGACAAGGCCACCGGAUUCCACUUCAACGCCAUGACCUGUGAGGGGUGCAAGGGCUUCUUCAGGCGUAGCAUGAAGAGGAAGGCCACGUUCACCUGUCCUUUCAAUGGGAGCUGCAACAUCACCAAGGACAACCGUCGCCACUGCCAAGCCUGUCGCCUGAAGCGCUGUGUGGAGAUCGGGAUGAUGAAAGAAUUCAUCCUGACGGACGAGGAGGUGCAGAGGAAGAAGGACCUGAUCCAGCGUCGUAAGGAGGAGGAGGCCAUGCGCGAGGCGCAGCGCCCCCGUCUGACCGACGAGCAGCAGGGCAUCAUCAACACGCUGCUGGAGGCGCACCACAAGACCUACGACGACUCCUACCAGGACUUCUCACGCUUCAGGCCUCCGGUGAGAGAAGGCCCAGUGACGCGUAGUGCCAGCCGAGCUGCUUCCCUCCACUCGUUGUCAGAUGCCUCCUCCGACUCCUUCAGCCACUCACCAGAGUCUGGGGACAGUAAGGUGAACCUGAGUAAUCUGCUGAUGGCCUACCAGGAGCAGGGCUCCAGCCCUGACUCUGCCGAGGACGACGGUACCCGCCUCUCCAUGCUACCCCACCUGGCUGACCUGGUCAGCUACAGCAUCCAGAAGGUCAUCGGCUUUGCCAAGAUGAUCCCUGGCUUCAGAGAUCUGACCGCAGAGGACCAGAUCGCUCUGCUGAAGUCCAGCGUCAUUGAGGUGAUUAUGCUGAGAUCCAAUCAGUCCUUCAACCUGGAAGACAUGUCCUGGAGCUGUGGCUCACCAGACUUCAAGUACUGCGUCAACGAUGUGACCAAAGCUGGCCACACUCUGGAGCUGCUGGAGCCCCUGGUGAAGUUUCAGGUUGGCCUGAAGAAGCUCAACCUUCAUGAGGAGGAGCACGUGCUGCUAAUGGGCAUCUGCCUGCUGUCUCCUGACCGUCCCGGUGUGCAGGACCACGCCCGCGUGGAGGCGCUGCAGGACGCCCUGUGCGAGGUGCUGCAGGCCUACAUCCGGGUCAACCACCCCGGCGGGCGGCUGCUCUACGCCAAGAUGAUCCAGAAGCUGGCCGACCUGCGCAGCCUGAACGAGGAGCACUCCAAGCAGUACCGCCAGCUCUCCUUCCAGCCCGAGCACAGCAUGCAGCUCACCCCACUCGUCCUGGAGGUCUUUGGGGGCCAGGUCACUUAGCCAGCCCCAGCCCCCAGCCAAGCCAGCGGCAGGGCAGCAGCCAAAGGUCGCGGGGUGGUGUCGGGUGUGGUGGAGAGGGAGGUGGGGGUGGGGGUGGGGA